AUGCAAGGGAAAAGAAUCCUCAAAUCACUUGUAAACGGAGAGACAGAUGGUCUUUAUGAGGAUACGAAGGUAAGCUGAGCAAUUACGGACUUCAGUGCAGACUUGCAGUGUUUGCUAAAUUUAUUUAAGCUAUAAAAUUAUGGCAGCUUGAUUAACGACACUUUGUAGCCUAGUUAGCAAAGAUACUUACUCACUUUCAAAAACGUGUCCUUGAAUAACAAUCUAGUUCAUUUCAAAGCGAGCGUCUUGUUACACUCUUCAAUUGCAAGAAUCGCGCCGAUCCACAUGCGAAUGAGUAGGUCAUAGAAAUGAGAGUGAACUUCAACCUAAUAAAUUACACUUAUGUUAGACGUCUUUUUUGUCAAAAGCCUCUCAUUUUUCUUAACUCCAUGUUUCGAAUGGGGUAGCCUUGAUAUGUUUUUGUUAAUAUUGUUUUGUGGAAAUUGUAGAAUUAUCUUGGUCCACUGCAAUGUCCCCUAAAAAACAAAAAUGGCUGCCAAGCAGGAGGCAAAGCUACAGAGGAAACUGUUUCAAAGUACGCCAUUUUUUGUACCGAGUUCCUAAGGUGUGCUAUAGAGACCUUGAAAAAUGUGAAAGCCAAGGGAAAUGACCUUAUUGAGGUCACAGAUGCCUUGAAACUAGGUAAGAUGAACCAUGUGGACAUCUUCAGUUGUUGUUUAGGAGUAAGGUCUUUCAAAAUGGGACCAGCUGUAAAACCUUUUACUUGAAAAUGAGUUUUAUCUACGUAGGAAUAAAAAUUAACUUUCAUGUUAAAGAUUUACAACCUUCUUAUGGUCUGUGACGUACAUGUAUGUACUUAGAAAGUGGUCAGUUGUGACGCUGACAACCACAUAUUUGCCAGAAUAUUCAUACUACUAUAUGAAAGAAGAUCAUCGCAGUUAUAGUCACAACUUUUGGAGUUGCAAAAAAGGCAGCCUGAAAAAAUUCAGGCUUGUACGGGAUUCGAACCCUUGACCUCUGCGAUACCAGUGCAGCGCUCUACCAAUUAAGCUAACAAGCCAACUGGGAGCAGAUCGUUGAAUUGGUUUGUAAUAAACCCAUGAAAGGAUGAUGAUGAAGUUGUGAAUACAGUCGAACCCCACUAUUUCGAAGUCCCAAGGGAAAUGGAAAAAAAGUUCGAAAUAGCGGGGUUUCAAAAUAACCGGGGAAGCGUAAAAUUCGUAACAAUGAAUCAUUUUUUAAUAACAUAUAGCCUGCGAAAACAUCCGUUUUUCCUCGCUCUUUGCCGCUGGGGAGCGAAACUUCCCCAGCGGCGAAGAGCGAGGAGAAAGGGAUGUUUUCGCAGGCUAAAUAAAGUGCAAUACAGUAUGAAAAAAGACACUGAUUAAAUAUGUCGAAUGAUCAGAAUAGGGACAGCAGAGUUCAUACAUGAGUAUUUCAGCCGGAAGAACAGUUCACUAACAGUGCAUCUUGUUUUGUAAUUGAAUACACAGCUGGAAUCUCUUAGCGGGACACUGCAUGUGAGUGAAGCAUUGUUAAGUCAUUAAUUACGCAACCCGAGCUCAAAUACAAUGCAAUACGUUUCCAGCUGUGCUCUUAUGUAUGUAGUCUGUUUUUGACAAGUUCGAAAUAACGGGGUUGAUUUAAGGGGUAGGGAAAGAACAAUGAGUUCGAAAUAGCGGGGAAUUCGAAAUAACCGAGUUCGAAAUAGCUGAUAGAAAAUGACUGAAAACAUAAGGGUAAAUCCAAGGGAAUUCGAUCUUCCUUCGAAAUAGCAGGGCUCGACUGUAUAUGAAAAUCAUAUAUGAGAACUGUGGAGUGAAGGUUAUCAUAUGAAAGAAGAUUAUUGCAGUUACAGAUGCAACUUUUGCUUUUAAUCUCUGGUACAUACAACACGUUUCACAAUGGAAGGUAAUAGCAUUUUUAAUGUGAUGCAAGCAGGGCACAACAUACAAAGUGCUGUGUGAUAAUCCAGGGCCAGUAAGGCUUAAAUAUGGGUUAAAUAUAAGUUGUCCAAUGAGCAAGCCACAUUUGUUUUAAGUGUGAGACUAACUGAGGGCUAAAAACUAAGUUACAUGUAACUUGCAAAUUGUUUUGUUCAUAUUUCAGUGGGGACACUUCUCAACAACACUUUAUCACUCCAUCAUGGAAACUACCUGAAGUUUAUCCCUUCAGUAGAUCAGCUUGGCAAAACAUUUUACUUUAUUUUUGCUCGGCUAAUUGCUAAGGCACAGUUUGAAAGGGCUCUCGAUCGUCCUAAUGACCUAUAUAAAUUCAUCCAGCUUCUUAAGGCAUGGAAGAGCUAUGACAGUGAAAAGAUGGACAAGGAAAUUCAACCGGGGGGGGUUACUCCCUUAUAAGGGCUUAAUGGGGUCGUGCGGCCUGUCAGGGUGUGUUUUUCAGGAUUUUUGUCUUAAACAGGGUAUCGAAUUUAUCAUUUUUUGUCUUAAUCAGGGUAUCGAUUUAUCAAUUUUUGUCUUAAACAGGAUAUCUUUUCUUGGACGAUAAACAGCAAAAUUUUUACAAGCUCUAAUAUUAAUUAAUAUUGACUUCCGUUGACUUCAUCUGAUUUGUUACUUCAAGGA